AUGGCCGCCCUCGCGUCGUCCGCCGCCGCCGCGCGAAACGUAUUCUUCCGCCGCGCGUCCGCCGCCAACGCGCGCCAACGACGCCGCGCGAUGCCCGUCGUCGCCGCCGCCGCGGACAAGCCGAUCCUCUACGACGUCCCGGUGUCGAACAACGGCGCGCGAUGCCGAUUGAUCAUGUACUGGAAGCGGCUCGAAGACGCGGUCGAGAUCCGCGACCCCGGGACGAUCGGCGGGCUCAAGUCCGAGGAGUACCUCGCGCUGAACCCGCAGGGGAAGAUGCCGCUGCUCGUUCUCCCCGACGGCCUCGCGCUGCCGGAGUCCGAGGUCAUCUCGCGAUACCUCUGCGACGCGCACGCCGACGUCGGGCCCUCGCUUCUUCCCGCUGAGUCCCCGGAGAGACGCGCGGUCUGCGCGCUGGCGACGCGCGUGCACGACCAGUACGUCGUCCCGAUCCAAGGCGUCAUGUACCGCGGCCCGAUGCCGAUCGAGCAGCGCGCGGAGGGCAUCGCCGCCAUCGCGAAGCAGCUCGACGUCAUCGAGGGAGUGAUGAAAAUCUACGCGGACGAAGGGCCGUUCGUCGCCGGCGCGGAGCCGUCCACCGCGGACGCGGCGUUGUUUCCCACGUACAUCUUCAUGGAUCACUGCCUGACGAGACACUUCGGGUGGCGAGACGGCGUGUUUCGAGAUCGGCCGGAGAGCGAGCGGUGGUGGUGCGCGAUGCGCGCGGACACGUGCGGGGCGAGGGUGUACGACGAGGUCAAGGGCGGGUUGGAAAAGUGGGAGGACGCCGGUCGGUUCGAGACGGUGGGCGUGACCGAGCACGUGAAGGACGGCUCGUUCACGUGGGCGUAUUAG